AUGAUCAAUUGCUAUUUAAAUCCAUCUGUCUUGACAGGUUCUCUUUUCUGUUGCAUAGUCACAUCACUGCCAGACAGUAAUCUAGUGAUAGAAGAAGAGAAAUUAUUACGCAGACUUGUAAAUUUUGUUCAUUCUUCAUCCAAUGACUUGAAUAUAUGUACCAUAAAUCCACGUAAACCGCAAACCAAUAAUAAUAAUAAGGAUGCUGAUAUUCCGUCAUCUUUAUCAACCACAGUAAAUUUGAAUGAAACAUUUUACCCAAUAUUUAACAGAGUGAUAACACAAAAAAGUCUAACACAAAACUUCCUGGCUGAUAUAUACAGAUCUAUUCAAAUUAUGCGAAAUUUUAAUCGAUGGUAUUAUCAAUCCUCUGCUCCAUCUGCAUCUGUUCCACCACAUUCUAGAAUACAAAUAGAAGCAUAUCUAAUGAAUUUACUCCAUUUAAGUAGACCAGUUAAAAUUCACAAUGUUGAACUGCUGAAGAAUUUAAAUGUUCAGUCAUUGGACAAACAAUAUAGAAUCGAUUUUUUAAAUCAAACCGAAUCUAGUAUACUUGGUAUUGGUUAUUGUUAUAAAGUCAGUUUUCUACGCAAUUUACAAUUAUUCAGUAAUAAUGAUGAGACAAUCAGUUUUAGCGAUUUUCAAUACGGGAAAUUCUCCUCAUUCUGGGCACCAGUUAAAUGUGAAUCUAAUUCUGUGAUACCAAUAAUUUUACGGUAUUUUAUUUAUACUACGGAAAAAAGCUUAUUUUUCGAGUAUGAUCUGAAGAACUUUCUCAUUGACCAAUGUGCUUUGGACAUAAAUCGAUGUGGGGCGACAACACAAUGCGUCUACAAAAGAUACCAUUCACCUCCAUUCAGUAUGGCUAAUUAUAUUUGUGAAUGUGCUCCAGGAUAUUAUAUUGAUGGUAAAGAAAAUGGUUAUCCCGCUCCACUAAUUGAAUCUAAAAUUCAAGCAGCUUUGGCCAAUGAUGAAUCAGAUCUGCCAAGAUUUUAUUGUCGUGCAUGUCCAGCUGGUUGUUUGGAGUGUAAAUCAAACCGACUUUGCAGUGCACAAAUUGACUACAAUUUAAUUCGAGCUGUUCCCUUAGCUUUUCAAAGUUUUUGUAUUACCAUUUGUCUACUAUGUGGUAUAGCAAUGUUUAAAAUGCGAAGAGCUCGAGUGGUUAAAAGCGCUAACUUAGUACUAAUGGAAAUAAUGCUUGUAGGAGCGAUUCUCCUAUAUUCAACAAUUGUCGUCAUGUACUUUCCAGUUAGUGAUGUUUCAUGCCUUAUUCUCCCGUGGUUUCGUGAAGUUGGCUUCUCUGUUAUGUAUGGAGUAUUAAUUGUGAAAAUAUACAGAGUGUUGUCUGGUUUCCAGUCACGCAAAGCGCAUCGUGUUCAUGUAAGAGAUAAAGAUAUUCUGAAGUAUUUAGGCCUGUUUGUAAUUGUAACCUUCACAUAUAUGAUUGCAUGGACUGCAAUAAAUUUGGAUUAUAUAAGUUCCAGUCCAUGGGGAAGAAUUGACCAGUCGGAAUUCAAAAGUACAAAACCUUCACCAUAUGUCAGUGUGAAACAACUAGGUUACAUCAAGAUCAGAAAGCCUGGCAAUCGAAGUCAAUUAGACUACUUGACUUCAAAUGAUUUGCAUAAUAAUGGGAACAAUGGGACUGGAGGUGGUCAACAGUAUGGAGUUUCUGUUCAUUCAGAGGAUUCAUUUGACUUUGUUGCUUUUGAAGUAUGCCGUGCCAUGUCAUGGGAUGUUGUCGUUGAAUUAGCUGAGUUCAUCAUUUUGGCAAUUAGCAUUCAUUACUGUCGUCUUGUCCGGACAGCUCCAACAGAAUACAAUGAAACGCAAUAUAUCAGUGUAGCGCUGAUCAUUGAAAUGACGGUAUCUGGUCUGCUGCAUUUGUUAAGGCAUUUCAUCUGGUACACCGUUCAUCCAGACUACAUAUUCCUGUUGUAUUUCGCUCGAUCGCAUAUUACAAUAACAGUUAAUCUAUUGUUAAUUUUUGUACCAAAGGUUACAUUUUUAUGCCGUUCAUCGAAAACAUUGUACAAUACCACGCGUUCACGUGGCUCCCCAGGAACUGCUUACUCUGCUGAUCCUCAUUUAGCAACUACUGGAAAAUUGAAUUUGGUCUCAAAUGGUGAUCUAGACAUUGCUGAUGUCAGUUUAGCCGAUAUGGAUCCAGAAGUAAUAAGGCGUGAACUUAAACGACUAUACACACAAAUAGAACUAUACAAAACCAAAGCGAUGAGGAAGGAUAAUCCUCAUAUUAGUAAACGUAGAGGAGGAAGAAAACAACGUCGGUUCUCAUUGCAGCCAUUUCACAAACGGCAUCAUGGUCAAAACUCUGCUGUUUUGAGCGGUAACGUCUUGUUAGGGAUGCAAGCAGAUUCCGGAUGUUGUUGUGGUGAAUGUCAAUCAUCAAAGCCUACUGUUCGAUUAUGCUCACAUCAUUGUAGUCGACAUUCAGGUGUAGGUUGUACCGGUGGUACCACUGGUAGUAAUGGUGCAGGAGGUGGUCCCAAUCGCGGAAAUUAUUCAACAGUUUUACACGAUGAAGAGAUUUCUAAACUCUCUGAAGAGUCGACAAACAGUGCAGAUGAUCAUUCAUCUGUUGGUAAUCUGCUCCAGGCUCAACAAACAUCUCAAACGCAAUUAUCUCAACAGAAACCGCAUACCAAGCUGUCCAGCUCAACAGAUGUGAAUACUAGUGAUAAUGAUACAACAGCAACCAAAACCGGAGGAGAUGAAAUCAUGGUACAGCCAAUUGGAAUUGGCGCAGAAAGAUCAGAAUUCAUUUUUCUCUCCUUUCUUCUCUGUCGGUUUUUUCUUCUUAUUUAUAUGAGUGCAUGUAUGUACGUAUAA